GAGGAGUGACUACGGCUUAGAGCCAUUCCAGUAGUUUCUAACGGCUGUUUGACCCCAUAGGUGAUUGAAAAUUUUAUUGCAAAAGGACGAUGUUCAAAAUAAGAGGUUUCACGUUGCUCUUUGUAUUUGCUUGGGUGAUAAACGUAUCAUGUUAUUCAGGUAAGUGAGCACUUGUUGUCAAACGAAUUGGACAUUGGAUGAUAUGAAGGAAAACUCAUGUCCAAAAUGAACAUUUCCAAAUCAGUCUCCCAGUCUCCCAAACUUCUUUAGUGUUCGUCGCUUCUUAAACUUUCGGCAAUUUGAGCUGGAAUGGUACUGAUUGUGAUUUAAAUCAAAAGUGGAGAUAGGGUUGACGAUUCGUGACGAAGUACGAAACUAUUUGAAUUUUUUGAAAUGUUUUGUUUUCGAGCUGACUCAACAAAAACAUUGAAGCAGCUCAGGCAGAAAAAUUGCCAGAGUCUAAAGCUUUCCUUAUAAUCCCAUUCUAUUCUAAAACAAAGCCGUUGUCCCAAAGGCAAUGUAUUGUUUUUAGGUCAUUCAUGCUGAAAGCAAUGAAUGAGGUAUUGUGGUGAAGCAUAUUUUGACGGAAGUUGUCGACCGCAGACGGAAGUUGCAUUGUAAACCGUGAACGGAAGUAGUCUCGCAUGCUACCCCUCCCCACUAAGUGAACGUCAAAAUUAAUUUCGAUGAAGUUCAGAAACUCACGUGGAAAGAAAUAAAAUUUUUGUAUGGUUUAAUAAUAAUAAAAAUAAUAAAUAAUAAUAAUUAAAAAAAAUAAAAAAAAUAAAAUAAUAUUAAAAAUAAUAAAAAUAAUAAUAAAAAUAAUAACCUCAAAUCACAUUUCCGAACUUCUAAAAGUGCAACUUGAGUCGAGAAGCCAAAAUGUUCUCACCUAAAGGAUCCGUAGCGGGUUCAUUUCAACACACGCUGUGAUCACGCGGAAGAGCACCAGAGACAGCCAUAUUGGUAAGCCGCGCAUUUGCGUUCGUCUUCAGUUGGUAUAAAGUAAUCAUUGCUCUAUCAUUGUGCUUUUCCUCGGGAGCUCUUUAACAUACAGUCCACACAUCAAUCAUAGCGGCCAAGAUAGUCUCACUAAAAUUUGUUUUUUUGGAGCUCCAAUAUUAUCUAAUCCGGUCAGUACAAAAUGCAGACUGCAGACUGCAGAUCGGGUAAAAAAUGCAGACUAGGUACAAAGUGCAGACUACAGACUAAGUACAAAAUGCAGACUGAGAAUUUAUACCGUUUUUUUCGUCUAGUGCGUGAUAACGUGUCACCUUACCACUUACCGAGCGUCACGCAAUCGCUUUUCCGCGAUCAUCUUUCACGAUUAUUUGCACUAUUGUGGAAUAUUCCUUGCCCGUUUCUGGAUCACAAUAUAUUCUUCUCGCUUUGAGUCGGUUGAUGUAAUGUUUGUACAGAAUUUACCAACUUAUUAAAAGUAGAUGUAGAUGUAAAUGAGAUGUCACUAUUUGAGAAACCGUGAGAAUCGACAGCUUUGCACGUGUCCGUACGUUUCAUCUUUUUAACCGAUAUGUGUUCAUUUUGUUGACAAAAAUGCGGACCGAUACCAAAACUGUUCCUUCGACUUGAUAUAUUUUCAACGUUCAGGGGUGUACACACACUGAUUUUCACAUAUGUGCCUUAUAUCGUUACUGACAUGAGGAAUCGGCAAAUUUUUAUGGGGAAAAGUGAAGCGUUGCUUUCGUGACUAGCCAUUAGGCUAGUGUUUUUACCUCUCAUCUGUUUGGUGACUACGCAAAUAUUAAUAAGUGAAAAUCAGACUAUGUGAAAGCUUGAAAUUCUAUUGAGAACGAUUGUGGCCGCUUCGUUAAAAACUAAAUGCAAUGGCCGCUUUGUUAAAAACAAAAGAUAUCAAGAAACGGGCAAGAAAUAUUUCACAAUAGUGCGAAUGAUCGUGAAAGAUGAGGGUUACUAAUAUUUUGCUAAACGAUUUCGGUCAAGUUCGACAAAUUCAGGGUUUACAGUCAACAAGGACUCAAAAUGCAGCCUUUGGCGACGACUGCUUUCCCCCAGCAUUUCCCCUGAAAACCAUGUGAUCCCCAAAAAUCUCCCCCUCCCCCUCCCCGCCCUCAGGCGAAAAAUAAUGACUUGUCUCCCUAUAAUGAGCUUAAUUGUAUAAGUUCUUUCAGUUUCAGAACGGAAAAACCAUGCAGAAGGAAAUAUUUCUCAGGAUAAACGAGAAGCCGUACUUUAUCGUGGACAAUUGUGGUCAGCCACUUAUGAUAACAACAGGGAGGUCACAAAUGUCUUCAUUCCUUACACUGUUAAGUUAGGAGGAUGGUUCUCAGGACUUGGUAAGUCCAAAGCUCCUCCUCGGCUAACGAAUUUCCCCUAGCCUUUGGAUCUUUCCCGUGGAGUGGGCGGGGCGGGGGGUAGUGGUAUGCCCCUCUCUUAAGCCCAAACUUUCACCUCUGUUUGCCUGUCACCGAAAAUCUACUCAUUCUUUGUGUGUCGAAUGCAUGGAAUGAUAUACAAAUUUCAAAAACCUUUAGUAAAAGACAUGGCAUCUUUGGCAUUUUCUACCUCAGGAUGUGUCAUAAGAAAGACGAAAGGAAUGAUUUGGUUUCUGAUCUGUUACCAUCCGACUGAUUUGAAGUCAAUUUUCUUCUAAGUAACGCUUCAACUAAAUAUAGCCUUUUUAAACUCUUUUUAAUGUUUUAUUGUUGAUAUUAUCAUUCCUUUUGUUUGCCUCCUUCCCUUGAGUAACUGGCAUCAAGACUCCUUUCACUACCAUAAAUGACUCUUUCUCUCAGCCUCUGGCUACGAUGUGUUUGUUCUUCAACUCAUAGUUUUCAAUAGCAGGCGAGUUUGAGGAAACUCUUCGGAUCAACAGGAGAUAAAAACUUUCUAUAUUUCAAUGCAAACUGAAAAGUCUUUUAAAUUUUUAGAUUAUAGCGAUGAGCAAACUAUCAAAGAGGCAGCGAGUGUUAUCGCUAAGCACACUUGCAUCAGAUUCGUUGAGCGAAAAGAUGAAAAGGAUUACAUCGAAUUCUACGAAGACAGCAAGUAAGGAGUAGGGGCAAAUUUUAGACAUUGCUUUGUUAUUCACCACUCUGUAUAAUAUUUUUUACUUGUAGUUUUCCCUUUCCUUGCAAUUGGUUCCCUGUUCAUGUAAUCAGUAAUGUACUUUAAUACUUUUAUAGUUGUUGUUGAUUUGCGGGCUAAGCUCCUGCGCGAAAAUGCAGUCUGAUUUUCCAUCUUUCUCGAUUGUUCGAUGCACUCGCGCAAAUUUGAGCAAUUAAAAUGUAAAAACCUGCCACCGUUUUCAUUGGAGAAUAUUACUCUGUGAUGUAAAAAAUAUUUUGUUACUAUUCACUCCAGUAAUGUCUGUGAGUCGUACAUCGGCAAAAAAGGCGGGAAACAGCUUUUGUCGCUGGGAAGCGGCUGUAAGAACAGAGGUCAUGUGACUCACGAGCUGAUGCACGCCUUGGGAUUUUUCCACGAGCAUACCAGACCAGAUCGAGAUAAGUUUGUCAAGAUAUUAUGGGAUAACAUCAAGAGAGGUGAGCCGUCUUACACAAUACUACUUUUGCUGUUCUUUCUUGGUCAACUCUUAAAAGAGUUUGGUAGUCGCAUUGACAAGACGAUUUCUCUUUCAUACACUCCAGAUCACUACAAGCAGUUUGAAAUCCGCAAGAGAGGAGUUACAACUCUUGGUCAACCAUACGACUUUCAGUCCAUCAUGCACUACUCCAACAAGGAGUUUAGUAAAAACGACAAGGACACUAUCCAGGCCCUAUCAGAUCCAAACAUGCCUCUUGGUAACGUAAACUCCCUAUCUGCUGUAGAUGUCUUGCAAAUUAACCUGCUCUAUAACUGUCCCGAGGCACUCAGACAAGGUACUGCAAUAACAUAGGCACGCAACGCGUCCAGAGUCCGAGGGUAUUUUGAAAUUCACGGCAAGAAGAUCACAGUGCGCCAAAUUAAAUCACAUUCACCUUCUAGUCACUCUUUUUUCCUUUUCAAAGAUGUUUGUGCUUAAGUAUUCUGAUGUUAUGAUGCUUUUUUACCACCCUAACUGAUCUUACUCGUAGAACGACUGAUGAUGACCGAAUAAACAUUUAAUAGAGACCUCUAUUUGAAAUGGAAAAGCUGAUCAUCAAGAUUCAAUUCACGAUCAUUCGACUGAAAAAUCACUCUUACUUUUUUUUUCUCGUUUGACUUCCCUAAUCAGGGUCAUAUCAUUACCACCGCAAGAAAACCACGCCUUUAAAAAUACAACCACUAACAUAUUCAAAUCAUUUACUCACUGCAUCAAAAAAUGUGUGUCCUCUGAUUCACAGUGAUCAACUAUGAAGUAACCGUGUACACAGGAGACAAAUAUUUGGCGGGAACGGAUGGACAAGUGUUUAUAGAGCUGUUUGGGCAGAACGCUGUCGGCCAAUUGCGGAAUUCAGGCGAGGAAGAAUUAGCGGGUAAAAAGAGCGCCUUUGAGAUGAGAAGGUGAGAAUCAAGUUCAAUGCUAACGUCAGCCUGACAACCGUUAUGAGAGGUUAUUAAAGGGGCACUGUAAUGUUUUUAGUUAUCACUCCUCAUCGGAGGACAUCAGAGCGUCAAAAUCUUCGGUAGAGAGGGGGAGAGAUACUGAAUUGAACUGUGGCCUCAUAUUUUUUCUCCUGUUUUUAGUGUGGACAGAUUUAACGUUAUUUCGCCAAACCUUGGAAAACUGAUCAAACUGACGGUCAGACUUACCGACAGAGGAUACGGAGGAGCAUGGUACCUAGACAAGGUGAUAAUUUGAAACGCGGAAGUCUGGAGUCUAGUAUAGAUGAGUAACCUUAAACGCGCAAGAUGGAGUUGAGUACAGAUUUAUAACCUUUUUGGUCUAAUCAUAUAAACUUGGAGGCAGCUUGAGAGGAUACCCCAGAAGAGACCGAGAUGGCGGGUAGUUUCAAUGGACUGAUAGUCCGGUAGGAGUGGGGGGAAACAAGUAAAGUUACUAAUUCUCAUUUUUCGAUGAAAAUGACAAUGGCAGAAAAAAAGAACUCAUUAAAACUGAACGAGUAGUUUUGAAGUAGUUUAGAUCGAUCAAUUUUUUUUUAAAGGUGAAGAGAUGGUCAACUAGAAUAAAGCGAAGGAAAAGAAAAUUACGGUCCAUAGGAAGAACUUCUCUCAGUGGCUAAUUGUAAUUUCAGCAAUUUUCAGAGUUUGAUCUUUAUUGAAAGCCAAGCUGCCCUAAGGUAAUUGCUGAAGUCAGGCUAUUUGGUAGCUUAAGUAGGAUGAGGCGUGGUACCGUUACUGGAGGCUGUGGUUACGGCUGGGCAGAGGAGGGAGAGGGGGAAAUGAAGGAAGGAGGAUUGAAAUGAAAGCGGGUCGUUCCCAUCCGCUCUGUUUCCAAACCUACCUCAGCGAUUCUCUGUCUCCUUCCGCCAGAAUGGUUUCAUUUUCCUCAGCUCUGUUGUGAUCCAACAACCCUUGUGGUUUUAUUUGUUUCUCAGAUCCAAGUUCAAAACAGAAAAAGGCGUGUGAAUGUUUCUUUUCCGUGUUUCUGCUGGUUUGGUGGAAGUUCUGACACCAAGAUAUUGGAACCUUCUCCCUAGUUUAUAUACUUCUAUUUGAUAAUGUGAUAAUUUAAGUCGAGAUAAUUUUCAAUUUUUGUAUUAAACGGUUUAAGCCCAGGAGUAAAAAAUCAUCGUGUAGUCUGAUCAUCCGGGUGAUCUAAGUCCUGAGCGGAAGUCGUCAACGAAGUUAUGCAUCGAUCAAUUCGAAGCUUCAACAGCCCCUUCCCCCUCGGGCAAAUAAUUAACCCUCCGGGAAUUAGAACUUUUAAAGAUUGGUUCAUUCAAAUUUCUGAUUGGUUCAUUCAAGUUGCUGAGCACAAUCGGGUCCGGCCUAGCUGUUAUUUUCUUGUAGACCCUUACUUCUGAUCCAUUUGACUGUAAAAGUGAACUUUAAACAAUCCCCUAUUAAAGGAUAAAAUACGUUUAUUCCGCUGUAAAGACUUGACAGCUCCGGUUCGAAUUCCCCACUCCACCCAGGCACGGUUCAAAUUUCCCACCUUCCCGGGUACGGACGACAGUCAAAUUUUUUACGUGACUCUUAGUGUCACUUCCGCUCAGGUUGCCAGAAGGCUAGUCAUUGUUAGAGUUAGUGGGGUGAUGGCUGUCACAGCUAGCGGUUAGAAUUCAACGGACGACUUCGUUUCUAAGACGUCUCUCGCCGGGAUGAUCAGAUCACACGACCAUCCUCAUUAACUUACCACACUAAUUAUGUCAUUUGAGACAAGUAAAUUUUCACGUUCACCUCAAGUGACAUGUGAAGAGGAGCUCUAUUUCAACCUUAAGGGUGUUUUUCUUAUAAUCUUAGUGACAGUUAACUAAUAUUGCAG